GCUAAAGGUGACUAUAAAUGCACCUUCCCUUUCGGGCUUGUAGGCAACUGGAACUUGGUAACCUUUGAAUAUAGUAUAGUUAAGUCAAUUCCAAACGAUUCUCUAGACAAAUAGCAUAACUUCCUUAAAAACGCGGGUGUUGUUCAGGACUAGCAUACAUAACAGUAUCAAGCAAAUGAGCGUUUUAGCGACAGAUGUACUAACAUUGCUUGCGCAUCCGCUUGGACUGGGCUGUGGAUGUUUGACACGCACUUCAAUUCGCACAAACGUUGAUUGUCCAACUGCGUCUUUUUUUAAUAACAAAACCAUGAGGAUCCUCUUCAGAGUCCAGAGCCGCAGUAGAUGGUCCCUUGUCAUUGGCACUGCGUUGUUGAUUGGCGUCCUCAGACUAUUGCACGUGAACCACACAGAUGGGCGCCGGAACACUUCUCCCUCUGCCAUACCACCACAGUCACAGUCCGCUGUGGAUGUCUUCAAGUGCUCCCGGAAUGACACCGUGAACAACAUUUCAUCCUCUAUUCCACCUACCCACCACAACUUCCUCGUGUACAAACACUGCAGGACAUUCUCCCGCCUGCUGUCUCCGACACCCUGUCAGAAUGACCUCUUUCUCCUGCUGGCCGUUAAGUCCACAGCCAUCCAGGUUGAUCGCAGGUCUGCACUUCGGAACACAUGGGGGAAGAUGGGAUAUGUUCAGGGUAAGAAGGUGAAACUAUUGUUCCUAGUAGGUAAGUCUUCAGACACAAUACAGGGUUACCCGCUGCAGCAGGUACUGGAGUGGGAGAGCAGACAGUUUGGGGACAUCCUGCAGUGGGAUUUUGACGACAGUUUUUUCAACCUGACCCUAAAGGAGAUCCACUUCCUCAAAUGGUUCCGCCUGGAGUGCCGCUGGGCACACUAUGUGUUCAAAGGGGACGAUGAUGUUUUUGUUCACACCAGCAAUCUGGUGGAAUAUGUUAAGGACAACAAGCCCUCCGAGCAACUGUAUGCUGGGAACAUCAUGUCUGGCUAUCCAGUCCGGGACAAACAAAGUAAAUAUUUCAUACCAGUGGAGAUGUACCCCAACAAGCCAUAUCCUCUAUACGCUGGGGGUGGGGGCUACCUGAUGUCAAAUCAGACUGUGCUGAGUCUGGAAGUGGCAGCGUCCAGCAUUGACCUGUUCCCCAUUGAUGAUGUCUUUGUGGGCUUGUGCCUACAGAAGAUUAACAUCACGCUGACACACCACUCUGGCUUCAAGACCUUUGGGCUCAAACAGGAGGUGACACACUUCAACCCCUGCAUUUACAGGGAGCUCAUGGUUGUGCACAAACUGAAUCCCACAGAGAUGUGGACAAUGUGGUCUCUACAGCAGGACCCAAAGCUGCAAUGCUUUAGAUCAAGGACGUGAGACAUCUGGCAUUGUGUGUAUAUCAUGCUGUGCUUAUCUGUCUCGCUACCUUAAAUUGAGAAUUCUUUUCAUAGAUAAAUUAUCCUUAUGAAUGGUCUAAAAUAGCAUACUUUCCUUUACCCAAACUAAUAUUUGAAUGUAUUCUGACAUUUGGCUUCCCUUAUCCUCUAUGUUCAGAUCAGCACAGACAGUGUAAGAUCCAUUUAAGAAUACUGAGAUGCAUCUAGUGCCAUUUGACAAUUCCGAUGAGGACGUUUGUAUAAUGUUUCUAGGAUUCUAUAAAGGUUGGAAAAGAGAUAUUGAUGGGAAACUUUAAAAACAGGUAGAGUGGGUUACAGAGGUAUUGUUGGGAAACAUUAAAAACAGGUAGAGUGGGUUACAGAGGUAUUGUUGGGAAACAUUAAAAACAGGUAGAGUGGGUUACAGAGGUAUUGUUGGGAAACAUUAAAGCAGGACUGAACUCGGGAACUGACUUCUCUCGGCGUAUGUGACAUCGAUAUUAAUCAGAAACCUUUUUUUCCAGUACCAGAAUUGACUAAAAAGUGCAAGUAGAUUAAUUUUGACCGUAAAGUCAGUAUCUUCCUAAAUAGAGGCAUAAGGCUAUGUAAUAGAAUAAGUGGUAUAUUAAUACAUCUUUUGAUAGCUUCCAAAAUAUUUUUUAGAAUGGUGGAGGAGUGCCAAGAUCAGAGUAUAUGAGCGAGUUGAGUGGAAGGAACAAAAAGGAAUAAUUUAGGCUAUUUUAUUAGCCUUUUAUUUCAAGGCUAUAGUCUACAAAUAAAUAAAUGAAGCAUUUGCAAGUCCAACACACUAGACUGGCAGGAACAUUAAGCGCCCAGCAUUUAAACAUUUUGUUGUAUUAAAUCAUUUGAGUCUAUAAAUUGCGCAUAUAGGCUGUGAUUUACUUAUAAUUAAAUACAAAAAGAAAAAUUCCUUAUUAAAUGCCUUUGAAUUCACUUUAGAAAACACAAGUUUGGCCAGAGUCUGUGGCUUCAGCCUCAUGAGAUGGUACCUAGAGAGCAGGCGAGCAGUGGAGUAUACCCUCCAUCUAUGCACUUGUAGAGCCACUGGGGAUGCUGAACACACUUUGGGCAUAGCCACGGGACAUAGGGGCGCUGAGGGUACUGCAGCGCCCUCUGAAAAAACAAAUACAGGAGUGGUAAAGGCAUAGUGCACUACUUUGUGAAAAAAAAAACAAUACAAACAAUAAUACAAAUACAUUUUUAUAUUGUGAUUUAUUUCAAAAAAGUAGUGCACUGGGCCUUUACUACUCCUAUAUUAGGACUGCAGCGCAGGGAUACUUUUUUUU